UGCCAUCAGCUGAAUCACAGACCACGCUCGCUUCUCCUCUAGAAAUGGCAGCUGUAGCUCGCUUUUCCAGCAAGGCAAUUGCCUCAGCGGUUGCGACCAAUCAAAUCCGCCGUGCUUUCUCGACGGAAGCGUCGAAGACGAUCGCGCCUUCACCGGAUCGAGUUAAGUGGGAUUAUAGAGGUCAAAGAAAAAUAAUUCCGCUCGGCCAGUGGCUCCCUAAAAUCGCUGUCGAUGCCUAUGUCGCGCCUAAUGUGGUCCUUGCCGGACAGGUUAACGUCUGCGACGGGGCCUCCGUUUGGGCGGGUUCCGUUCUCCGCGGCGAUCUCAACAAGAUUACAGUCGGAUUUUGCUCUAAUGUGCAGGAGCGGUGCGUUCUCCAUGCUGCUUGGUCCUCCCCAACAGGAUUGCCAGCAGAGACGUCCAUAGAUAGAUUCGUCACCAUUGGUGCAUAUAGUCUUUUGCGGUCCUGCACAAUCGAGCCGGAGUGCAUUAUUGGGCAGCAUUCCAUCCUCAUGGAAGGUUCCCUAGUUGAGACCCACUCCAUUCUUGAAGCUGGGUCUGUGGUUCCCCCAGGAAGGAGAAUUCCUACUGGUGAACUUUGGGCAGGAAACCCAGCAAGGUUUGUCCGAACUUUGACUCACGAGGAGACGUUGGAAAUUCCUAAACUCGCUGUUGCAAUUAAUGACCUAAGCAAGGAACAUUUCUCAGAGUUUCUUCCUUACUCCACAGUAUAUUUGGAGGUCGAGAAAUUCAAGAAAUCCUUGGGGAUAACCGUAUGAUGCAGCCUGUCUUCUCAUCUUUACAUUUUUUCUUGUUGAGGAAAAUAAAGUUCUCCAAAUGAUAAACCAACUUCCAGCAUUUCAUGUUGAUUUUGCUGGCUUCAAGUUAGGAUCAAAUGGAUUUCUUAGAUUAUAAGAUUAAUGUUCAUCUUAUCACCUGGAUAUCUUGUGGGUACUUAAAACUACCGAUGACUUGUAAUCUCCCGUUGUAUGUUUUACAUAUAACACAUCUAUAUGUUUUGUUCCCAGGUAUUAUUCAAACUUGAUUAAGAGGUUUGGCUCUGUAAAUGUUUCAAGUAA